AUGGCCACCAGGGUGCCUCUGCCUAGCUACCGCGCUGACUUGAACGAUAAGCACGGGCGGUCGGAGAGGCAGAUCACUGUGUCUCAUGACCUCCAUCAACACGUCUCCAGCCUCCUCGCCUCCCUCAUUCUGCCGUCCCUUUCCACCCCCCCUUUUCCCUCCCCUCGUUCCCUGCUCUGUUCUGCCAUUCUCCCAUCCUCUUCCCCCCCAAUCCCCUCCUCCUCCUCCCACACAGAUCACUUCCUCCCGAGUAGUCCAGGCCAUGAUGGCCCAGAGGCAGCGACUACCGGCCUUCAAGCAGCGGGAGGAGCUGCUGCGAGCUGUGCAGCAGAGCCAGGUGAUUGCAGCAGAGCCAGGUGA